AUAGGCUUUUAGAAUUUCCGAGUAUUUGUGAUGCACUUGAAGGCAGCAACGUCAUACAAAUGGCGGACGUUGUAAACACAGCCAACAGUUCCUCCGGGGCCAAAGUGAAAGCUGUGUUUUUAACAUGGACAGUGUAGAGUUUGAUCGGUUGGACAGCUUGGAGGGGUGGGUGGCAGUUAAAAGUAACAUAUUUGAAGAGAAUGAACCCUUUAAGUUGGGUUUUAUCGUCCAGUGGAACGUUAUCGAGUCGAAGUUCGCAGUAACCUGCCACAACCGGACGUUACAGCGGCAGAAACGUAAGGCUGAGGUCCCCGCGGGUGGCGACCCUCAGAUGAGCUGGGCAGGACUGUUCUCCGUGAACGACCUGAAACACGUCCACCUACAGUUCACAUGCGUGGCGGACGUCCUGGGCGGCUGCUUCCCGGAUUUAUCCGACUUUGGGGAAAGUAACAUUUGGGACUUGCUGCUGUCGAAUCGGAAGUCCGGUCCGGAGGAUGACGACCAGAGGGACUUUGACACGCCGUGCAGGAAGCUGGAAAAAUACUUCAGCACAGCCAUUGACCUGUGCGGGAGAAAGAUCGUCCUGGAAACUCUGUUCACCCAGGAUGAGAGGGAUGUGGAUGAGUACUUUGAAAAUCUACAGGAGUUCAAAAAGAAGACCAUGCAGGAGGAGAUGUCAAGGGCCAAGGGUCACCUGAAGGAGCUGCUGCAGACUCACAGCACCACUAAUGGGAUGGUGGCACUGCUGAGCAUCUAUGAGAAGGAAGAUGAAGCCUAUCAGGACCUGGUUACUGUCGCCACCAGCUUCUUCCAGUACCUGUUGCAGCCCUUUAGAGACAUGAGAGAACUGGCCUGCCUUUACAAGAUGGAGAUUCUAAAAUCCUUGGAGUUUGAGGAGCUGGGUCCCAAGAGGAUUGCAGCUCUGGAGAAGGAGGCGGAGGAGUGGAGAAUGAAAGCAGAGGAUGCAGUCGCCUCCAUUCAGGACAUCACUGUCAACUACUUUGCACAGACUUCAAAGGCCCUGGCUGGCAUGGUAAAGCAGAUGGAGGAGGAUAAGAAGCGUUUUGGACCCGCUGCCUGGGCGUCUGCAGCUCCUAGACUGGAGAAGCUGCGCUUCCUUUUAGCUAAGGAAACCUUGCAGCACAUGCGAGCGGCAGAGAUGUGCCUCAGCCGCAAGAAGGACACCAUCAAAGAGCGGCUGGAGAACUUGUCAGGGAGAGUCCAGAACCAGAGAGCUGAGCAGGGGUCGGCGUUUGAGGCCGGUCAGAAACGCGACACAGUGGACCAGCUUGAACUGCAGUUCUAUGAAACCCAGCUGGAACUUUAUGACGCCAAGUUUGAGAUCCUGAAGAACGAGGAGCAGCUGCUGGUGGCUCAGAUAGACACCCUGCGUCGACAAAUUAAAGAGUUGAAGGAGGAGGUGGUGUACUAUGAUGUGUGUGAGGAUCCAGAGGAGCUGCACAGCAUGGUCCACACAGCGCUGCAACAGGCUGAACCGCCACUAAUGCGUCAGCUCAAACGACGCCUGCAGACCCUGGAGACCAAGAGGGGCAACAUCUGUGCUCGGAGGGCUUACCUGAGGAACAAAAAGGAUCAGUGCAUGGACGCCCAGGAGCAGAAGCAGCAGGCGGCCAAGCACAGCUCGAUAGUCUUCAACCAGCAUCAUCAGGUCCACCUGAAACGGGAGAAGAGGAAAGAGGAGGAUCAGAGGAGGAAGGAGUGGGUGGACCAGGAGCGAGAGAAGACCCUGAGCAGAUUACGGUCCUUCAGAGAGAAGCGACAGGGACAGUACAUCCUGAAGACGCCUCAGUCCAGGAAGUCUCCCUCAGAAGUGUCCUGUCCCUCCCAGCCGUUGUCCAUCAUCAGCCUGUCUCCGUCUGACUCUCCUGAUGAGCCGUCCUCCGUCCGCCCGGCUCCUAGACGCAGCAAAACACCCAAAAAGCAGCAGCCUAAAGACAUCCCUGUUCAGAUCUUCUCUGCACCGCCUCCGCCAACAUUAACCUGCCCCACUGUGCCACCGCCACCUCCUCCUCCUCCACCUCCACCACCACUCCCACCACCGCCUCCUGCCUUGCCACCACCGCCUGUCCGAGCUGCACCUUCCCCUCAGGACACGCCGAUGCCUCUCAGCGAAAAAGAGGAGCCUCCUUUUCCAGCCAAGAACACGCUCAAGCAAAACAUAGGAACUAUGGACGAAGUGUUGGCCUCGCUGCAACGCGGACAGAUUAAACUGCGAAAGGUUCCCGAUGCUACGAACAACUCUGACACGAGGAGCAAUCUGAUGUCCGCCAUCCGAGAGGGAGUCAAACUGAAGAAGGUGGUUCCCACGCGAGAGGAAGUCCCGAGCGGCGCCGACAACGAGCUGGAGCGCAGCAUCAAAGCUGCCAUGAUGAGGAUGAAGAAGGUGGCGGCCGACUCGGACGAUGACGACCGAGACGACGACGACUCGCAGAGCGCCGACUGGGACAGCUGAGAACACAAACCUCUGACACAAACCCAAAUCCCCCCAAAUCCCUUCCCUCACGGCUAGUCGGCCUGAAGCUCGUGCUACGGCCAGAUUUAACCAAAAACACGCUGCUGCUGCUGCUUCUUCUUCGUCUGAUGAGGACGGGAUUACGCCUCCUCUGACUUAAACGCUUUAGUUUGUUGGCGCUGUCGCUCACUAAUCCCAUUGGUCCUCCUAAAGCAGCACCGAGAUGUAAGAGAUCCAAAAAGGCUCUGAUCCAGCUAAGUAGUAAGUGACAGAAUCGGGAUUUAAUCUCCUCUGAAACCUUUUUUUUUUUUUUUUUUUUCUGGUUCUGGGAGGAUUCUUAAAGUGAAUGGCUAAAUGGGAUGUUCUGCAUUAUAAAGCAAAGGCAGUCGGCGGCACUGAAGCGCAGCGUGUGAAUGAUUGAAACUUACACAGCCGUCUGCCUGAAGGCCUGUAGUGAAGCUGCUGCUCAGCAGGGACAAACUAAUUCCUCUGUCAUAUUUCUGAAUCUUAACUCAGUAUCUUGAAUGUAGUAAACGCGAUUCCUCAGAUAUAAUCCAGCCGCUGUAUUCCGGAGCAUUUACUGUAAGCUAUGAAGAGCAGUGCUGUGUAAAUCCUUCAGUGUUGUUUGUACUACAAGCUGCCGUCUCCAAGUAAUCAGCUAAUUCUUCCUUCACCACGCCACACGUAAAGAGAUCAAUUAGGAAUGCAGGAUACCUUUUUUUUCUUCUUUAAUAAAUACUUAUGUGCAAUAACAACCCAUCUAAUCAUCUAAGCCGUGGUUUGAAUUGCUUUCUGACAAAAAGCAUUAAAAGGGUUCAGAGUAAAUAAAACGUCUGUUCACCGAACUGGCACUGGAAACACGUGUGUACUGUUUUAUGAAAAAUAAAUCCAGAUAUGAAACCUUUGCAGAGCUUGCUUGAGUUCAGACAUGCGCUCAGACGCGCUGCGCCCAGGUCGACAUCCCCGCUCUUUAAACGCCGCGCACAGGAAGUGUGGAGCCAGUGUGGGUAAACCCUGCCGACUGUUCUCCGGCAGACUUUUUUCGCCCACCAACAUGAGUCAGAGCGGUGUCCAUCCAGGCAGCGUCUCUCCCUCUCUGAGCCAGCUGCGAGUGGCUGUUCUCAGCUGUGUGAACGUUAAAGAGCAGCUGUUAGCGGCGGCCGCGGCCUCCUCCCUCCCUCUUUGCUCCGGAGGCGGCUCUGUGUGUGCGUUUCCUGUGGGGGAACAUCCAGGUCGGGCACCUCCAGGGAUGAGGAUGGCAGGUAUUUUGACAAGCCCAGCCAAUUGUGCAUCAAUAUGAAAUUCCCCCAGCCUGUUACUAUGGCAACAGCAAGUCUUGGUUGUAGUGGCCUGCAGUGCCAGGUCUCUCUCUCCUCCUCUUUCUCUCUCACACAUGUACCGAGCAGCAUAGUGUCUUAAUGAUGUUUCACCAACUCGCCCACUCACCACCAGUCACACAAUAAGCCUCGCAGAAAGUCUGCAGCCACGAACAGCAGACGGGAGAGAAAUGCUGCUUCAACUCUGGAGUGGAACAGGUUUUUGAUGUAGAGUGAAAAAAAAAAAAAUUUAUUUCAGUCGCAUCAGAAGAUAAAUGUAAAAAAAAAAAGGGGGAAAAAGUGACAGAUUCUGUGAUUCAAAAUAUCUUAUUUGCAACAAAUGAAUGGAAAAGGCAGCUUCAGACUGCAACAAGGCAGACUUUCUCCAUGUGGUUCCAGUUUAUUAACUAACGUUUUGCUAUAUUUCAUAAUGGUGGAGUUUUAUGACUUGGAUAUCAGUUUGCAUUAUUGUUUUUAUACUGUGGAAGCUUAUUAAAAUGCAAACGCCACGCUGGAUUCAUUACGUUUCACUGACUAGUUUUUAAAAGGAGUAAAGAGUAGAUUUGUUGUCGACAACCUCCCUGCAUAAAUUAACUUUCCAUCAGAUUUAAUUAAACAACUUGCAUAUAAAAUUAUCUGCAUAUUGAUUAACUUCACACCCGUUUCUGAUACUCGACGCUCUCCGAAGGAGCAAAUGAAAGCUGAAGAACGUUUCAUAAGUCCAUCAGUCAGUUUUAUUUACAAAAAAAAAAAAAACGAGUGGGAUUGAGUUGCCAAGGCAACAUGUUCUCUGAUCCACUGCAGCAGUGGCGCCGUGACGACGUUUCAGGUGUUUCCCUUCCACAGUCGGUCCCCAAACCAGCAGCUUUCGUCUGAGCCACACACCGACGACACGGCCGCUCGCUUUACUCAGCGUGCGUCUCCUCCGUUACGAUUGCCACUACGUUUGGCUCCAUGUAAAUCAACAGAGAAGACAGGCGGCGAUGGAGCCUCGACAGCAGUUGGCUCUGAGGAUUUAUUCACUUCUCAUCUAGGAAAAAAAAAAACAAACCCAAACCCGCUUCAAUUUGUAAACGAUUUAACCGUUUCUUUCACACGCUGACACACAUGCGAGUGUGAAUUAGAAAACGCUCCGGUUUCGUCACACUGGGUCCCUUAUAGCAGGAGAAAAAGACACUCACUCAGCUUUGUAAUGAAACUAGACUUUACCAGUUUGUCAGUUCAGUGGGUACAGCGUAGAACAAGAAUCACCAAAGUGCACAAGAGGCGUCGGUUCAACAGGAAGAAUCGCUCCGAUUCAGGUGAGUUACGAACAGGGGGGAGGAAAAAAAAAAGUAUAUUUUUUUUAAAUGUCCAUUGAUAAAUAUCUCAGUGUUAUGACAAGAUCAAAAGAGUCAUGAAAAAUAGUCUCGUGUAAUAAUAUUACAGGGUAAAUAUUUCACUGAUUGCAAACAUAUGGUCUCAAAUUGGACUUCCCAAAAGCAGCUGCAACACAGUCCUUUAUUAUGAAAACCUUUGAAUCCGCAGAUUUUGUCCUCAUCACACAUUAUCCUACAUCUGGAAAGCAGAUCAAGACUUAUAAACUUGGUCUGGAAACACUAGUUGUCGAGAGGCACCAAAAAAAUAAACAUACAAGUAAGACUAAAAGCAAAGUCGACAGGGUUUUUAGUGAAAAGGCUCAUUCCAACCACAUGUUUUCAGUGAACGUUAUUCACCUGUCAAGCAGCACCGUAUCCCCUCCUCCAGGAAAAUAAGAAUAACCACCACCAUAACAAAAACUAGUGUGAAGGAAGCACAAACAACCCUGGACACACACACACAGGUCUGUUAACAGUAAUGCACACAAAACGGUCCUUGAACACAACACUCUGGGUGGGAUCGGGGUCACGCUUACCGAAGGAAAGGUCCUGAGUUUUCCUUCUUUUUAUGCAAACAUCAAAAGGCUCUUUACUACGAUGAUUUGUUUUCAUUUUAAGGUUAUUUAAUGGAGAUAAGUUGUCAUUAUGGUGAUGGUCAUUAGUUGGCCUGUUUUCCUUUCCAGGGAGAAUUAAACUUACCUGGAGGCACUUUGUGUCACGGCCAUUUAUUAUAUAUCUGCAUAUAAUUUAAUAUAUACAAACUGUCUUCUAACACACCUGAGAUACAUAAGAGGCAGCAGCAAGGACAGUCUGUAGAGGGACUUGAACGUUAAAUCUGAAGGGGUCGGGGGGAGAAACGGGUAUUUCCACUAAUUAUUACUUUAAUAAUGCUUUUUUUUUUGUUCAUUUUAGCCCUUUUAAGUCCCCACUUCUACUUUAAGCUCACCAGGCUCGUGUAGAAGUUUUACAGCCUUCAGAAAAGAGACGGAUGGACAG